UUGCUUCCGUAAUCGAACUCUGUAACUUGAAUCAUCAUUGUGUUGCUGCCUCCUUUACACAUUGCACUCGUAAUUGCCUGGGAAAUUGAGUUUUUGUUAUGCCUUUCGAAAGAUUUACUGGGAUCUACGUGUUUUCUUUUUUGUUUCUGUUGGAUCGUUGAUGGGUUUGGUGGGUUUUGUAGGUUUAUGUAUGAUUUCUUGCCUUGUAAGCAUUUUUCUGUUUUGUGAUUUGUACCUGUGCCGCGUGCGCUGGAUCCCAUUUGGGUUUCGAUCUUGGAGUAUGAUUUGGACUGGGUUUGAGAAUAUACAUGGAUCCUGCUGCUCUGUUGGUUUGAGUUCGAUGAAAUGUGUCUGAUCUGAUACUUGGUUGAAUUUCGUGGUAGUUGAACUUAUGUGGAUGAAAUUAUGGAAAAUGGAAGUUUUAUUGAAGUUGCUUUGACAUGGCUACACAUACUCCUAAGAACAUCCUCAUCACUGGGGCUGCUGGGUUUAUUGCAUCCCAUGUUGCUAACAGACUUGUCAGAAACUAUCCUGGGUACAAAAUUGUUGUACUGGAUAAGCUUGAUUAUUGUUCAAAUCUGAAGAAUCUUCUUCCGUCUAAACCUUCUCCCAACUUCAAAUUUGUGAAGGGGGACAUUGGCAGUGCUGACCUUGUCAAUUAUCUCCUGAUUACUGAGUCAAUUGACACGAUUAUGCAUUUUGCUGCCCAGACUCAUGUUGACAACUCGUUUGGUAAUAGUUUCGAGUUCACUAAGAAUAAUAUCUAUGGCACACAUGUUCUUUUGGAAGCUUGUAAGGUCACUGGCCAGAUUAAGAGGUUCAUCCAUGUUAGUACGGAUGAAGUAUAUGGUGAAACAGAUGAGGAUGCUGUUGUGGGAAACCAUGAGGCUUCCCAACUCCUCCCAACAAAUCCAUACUCUGCAACAAAAGCUGGAGCUGAAAUGCUCGUAAUGGCCUAUGGCAGGUCAUAUGGAUUACCUGUGAUCACGACUCGAGGAAACAAUGUCUACGGACCCAAUCAGUUUCCUGAAAAGCUAAUUCCAAAGUUCAUUCUUUUGGCCAUGAGAGGCCAGUCUCUUCCGAUUCAUGGGGAUGGUUCUAAUGUUAGGAGUUAUCUGUACUGUGAGGAUGUUGCUGAGGCUUUUGAAGUUAUUCUUCACAAAGGAGAGGUUGGUCAUGUUUAUAACAUUGGGACAAAGAAGGAGAGAAGGGUUAUAGAUGUUGCCAAAGAUAUAUGCAAACUUUUCUCAAAGGACGCAGAUGCAAGUAUCAAGUUUGUAGACAACAGACCAUUUAAUGAUCAGAGGUACUUCUUGGAUGAUCAGAAACUCAAGAACUUGGGGUGGGCGGAACGCACUAUGUGGGAAGAAGGACUGAAGAAGACAAUUGAAUGGUAUACUAAGAAUCCUGACUGGUGGGGUGAUGUCUCUGGGGCUUUGCUGCCACAUCCUAGAAUGCUUACGAUGCCUGGUGGAGUUGAGAGACACUUUGAAGGGUCUGAAGAGGCUAACCCGGCUUCUUCCGCUCCCAGUAAUACUAAAAUGGUAGUCCCAUCUCCCAGGAAUCCGGGCUCUCCUUAUCAGUCAUCCUUUAAAUUUUUGAUAUAUGGUAGGACAGGGUGGAUUGGAGGCCUUCUUGGACAGCUAUGUGAUAAACAAGGCAUUGCCUAUGCAUAUGGCAAAGGGCGUCUGGAGGAUCGGGCCUCGCUUUUGGCAGAUAUUCAGAAUGUUAAACCAACCCAUGUUUUUAAUGCUGCUGGUGUGACAGGCAGACCCAAUGUUGAUUGGUGUGAAACUCACAAAACCGAAACGAUUCGUGCCAAUGUUGCUGGAACCCUAACCUUAGCAGAUGUUUGCCGGGAGCAUGGACUCUUGAUGAUGAACUUUGCCACUGGCUGUAUUUUUGAGUACGAUGCCGGACAUCCAGAGGGUUCUGGUGUUGGAUUUAAGGAGGAAGACAAGCCCAAUUUCAUUGGUUCCUUUUAUUCAAAAACCAAGGCCAUGGUGGAGGAGCUUUUGAAGGAAUUUGAUAACGUCUGCACCCUCAGAGUUCGGAUGCCGAUAUCAUCCGACUUGAACAACCCACGCAACUUCAUUACUAAGAUUUCUCGCUACAACAAGGUAGUCAACAUCCCCAACAGCAUGACCAUCCUGGAUGAGCUUCUUCCCAUUUCGAUUGAGAUGGCCAAGCGUAACUUGAAGGGCAUCUGGAACUUCACAAACCCCGGCGUUGUGAGUCACAACGAGAUUCUCGAGAUGUACAAGAAAUACAUGGACCCUAGUUUCAAGUGGGCUAACUUCACACUUGAAGAGCAGGCCAAGGUAAUUGUGGCCCCUCGAAGCAACAAUGAGAUGGAUACUUCAAAGUUGAAGAAUGAGUUCCCGGAGUUGCUCGGGAUCAAGGAGUCGUUGAUCAAGUACGUCUUCGAACCAAACAAGAAAACCUCGGCCUGAUUAAGUUUUGAGCUUUAGAACUUAAGAUUCAUAUAUGCAUUUGCUUUAGUUAUAUGUUUAUGAUUGUCACAUUUCAUCUAUGAUGUCUCAUUUUCACUCAUAAUUAAUUGUUAUGGUCUCUUGCUGCUGCUGCAAUACAAAGGCGAAGAUUAGAUUCAAUCUCCCUGAUGUAUUUUAGAGUUUUGAUUUUUGUUGUCGACUAUUAUUUUAGGAUAUCAGAGCAGAGAUGCUGUAGUCUGCAUUCUGCGCAAUGUGCAAGUUUCAAAUCCUAUGAAUGAAUGGAUGCUAUUAAAUUUUUUACCUUUUGCA